AUGCAACAACAACCAACAUACUUUGAUAAAUCAGAAUAUAUAGAGACUUUAAAUGGUAAUAAAGUUAGUAAAAAGUCAAUACUAUGUGGUAUUAUGAAUAUAAGAUUACAUGGAAAGACUAUAAUAAAGCCAGGUGUUUUAGUUAGAGGUGAUCUAGCAAAUGUAAAUAUAGGAAGAUUGUCAAUAGUAGAGGAAAACACAGUGAUCAGACCAUCUUAUAAAAAGUUUAAAGGUUCAAUCGCUUAUUUCCCACUGAAUAUAGGUGAUCAUGUUAUUAUUAAAGAGGAUACUGUUAUCAGUGCUGCAACUAUUGGUUCAUAUUCAAAAAGAUGUAUAUUAAAGGAUUGUUGUAUGAUACCGGAUAAUACUAUAUUACCACCAGAUACAGUUGUACCACCAUUCACUAUAUAUCAAGGUUUCCCAGGUACAAUGAAAGAAGAAUUGCCAGACUGUUUCGAACAAUAUAUGAAAGAUUUAACUACGAAUUGCUAUGAUUCGUUUAUUGGACAAUCAGCGACAUCAAGUACAUCAUCACCAAGUGUAUCGACACCAGUCAAACAGGUGCCGUCCUCACCGAUUUCCACUACACCAACACCACAAGGUCAAGAUUAA